AUGGAUGGUGAUCAACGAAAGCAUGAGGGAUCGAUGUCUCGAUCUAGAAAUGCUCCUCGCAGGGCUGGUCGUGCGACCGAUCGAUUUGACUCGGCCAUCCAACCACGUGGAGACCCAACGGGGAUGUCGCAACCCCCGGAUCAAGCCCCAAUGUCCUACGACUACGGAUACACAGGCAGCUCCUUCCACGGCGGUUCCCUGCAGUCGAGCGACAUCCAGAGCUACCAGGCCCAGGACUUUGCCCGACGGCAGCAUCAGUCCAUCCAACGCCGCCGAGUGCCAGAAGCGGCCUUCUCAUAUGAUUCCAACCUGAUGUUUGGGUUCGGUCAGCAGGGUCCAACCCCAGGACCCUUCGAGGCUGUUCCACAAUACCAGAAUCGGUCCACGGCUAUUGAUGCCCUGGCAAACCAAUUUGUUCCACAGUAUUUCGCUGAGGAUUCCGCAGAGUCUGGGGUGGCAGGCCUCUCGCCUUUCUUAAAUACGCAAAUCCCUUAUAACCAGCCCAAUCCCAUGCCGCGCCCCAAUACCACCCAAUCAUUUUCUUCCAAUCUUUCUGAUUUCGCCGCAAUCGGCGCUGGCUCAAUGAGCCGGUUGGAUCAACCCGAGCAGCAGCAGUCGGAUCCCUCAAGUCUGGAAGAGGCCAUCGGUGGGUAUCAGCGCUAUCUACGCCGCACUUUCGAUCAAACGCGUGCUGGACGACUGGAAGAAGCUGGUCAAGCCCUGCUUGAGAUUUCUGAGUGGCUUGUGACUAGCGCACGGGAUCUAGGCCUCCUCCGUGACGAUAGCAUUCAUUACCCGGACCGCUUGGAGCUCUGGAGUAAUUUCAACCUCUGUUGGCUAGCCGUCUGUCAGAGGCAAAAGGAUUUGGUACAAGACCUGCUCACCUCUGGUCACCAAUCAAGUCAGGUCAGUCUUAUACGACGUGACCGCAUGGAAACCAUGGGGACAGGCUUGAUACAACUAUGCGAUCAACUCGAGCAACACGGCUUAGUAGAUUACCAAAUGGGUAUAUGGGAGGAAGAAAUAUUAUCUGUUCUGGGUCAGUGCCUCGACCUGAUGGAUGGUAGUCCCGAGCUCCACCAUAUCCCAGCCAUCCCCGAGCCCAGAGCAGCGGUACCUCGACCAUGA